CGUGAGGCAGCGCAGAGUCUCGUACACCACACACACAGCAGAUACGGGAACCCGGUGACGAGAAUAGCGGCUCGGCUACCUGAGGACAUACAUAGCCGCAUACAUACAAACGUGUAUAUGUAGAAUCUGACAGGAACGUGUAAUAAAGCCGCCGGCUCAGCGGCUGGCCACAGGGAGACUAAUAAACCACCAGAGUAUAAUAAAGCGCAGUGAGGUCACAGCGACUGCGGCCGGGUGUGUGCGAGCGGCUGAUCUGACUACUUGUGUGUACGCGCCGGGCGAUCAUCGUCGCCCACCUCCUGUCUCCCGGUACCCUCAGGUACGGCCCGUGAGAUCUCGGUGACGUCACAUCUCUCGCGAGAUCUUGGCCAGAGACUGAGGCAGCAGCAGCAACAGCGCAGUGUUUGAGGAGGAGGAGGAGGAGGCCGGGGAGACAUGAUGAUGAUGGAGCCGCCGUUACCGCCAGCCCAGGAACCGCAGCAGCCGCCUGAAGGAAACCAGGAGGACGGGGAGGAGAAGAGCCAACUUCAGGCCCCAAGCGGCGGCCACGGACCGCUCAGCGAGCCGCCUGCGGAGCUCAGCAAAUCGGCCAGGGGCCUGGUCAGGAUGUGCGACCUGCUUCUGAAGAAGAAGCAACAGCGCCAGCGGAGACAGCAAGGAGCCGGGGCCUUGCCGGCCUCACCCACCAGGGCAGGGCCUCCGGGCAGGAGCCGCAGGCAGAAGCGCAGCCGGAGUAGCCGCACAGCCAGCAGCAGCGACACAGACAAGAGCAGCGAGAGCGGCGGCAGCAGCAGUCAGGAUGACGAGGAGGAGGAAGAAGAGGUGUCCGAGGUUGAAUCCUUUAUUUUAGACCAAGAUGAUUUGGAAAAUCCUAUGCUUGAGACUGCAUCCAAACUGCUUUUAUCAGGCACAACUGAUGGAACGGAUUUAAGAACAGUUGAUCCUGAGACACAGGCUAGACUGGAGGCUCUGCUUGAAGCUGCAGGAAUUGGUAAAUUAUCCACUGCUGAUGGUAAGGCGUUCGCAGAUCCUGAGGUGCUUCGCAGAUUGACGUCCUCGGUCAGCUGUGCGUUGGAUGAAGCUGCUGCUGCACUUACAAGAAUGAGAGCUGAGAGCACCUCAAAUGCAGGGCAGACGGACAACCGCAGUUUAGCUGAAGCUUGCUCUGAAGGAGAUGUGAACGCUGUAAGGAAAUUGUUAAUUGAAGGUCGCAGUGUUAAUGAGCACACAGAGGAAGGAGAAUCCCUCCUUUGCCUUGCCUGUUCUGCUGGAUAUUAUGAACUUGCACAGGUUCUUUUGGCUAUGCAUGCUAAUGUUGAAGAUCGAGGUAUAAAAGGAGACAUUACGCCUUUGAUGGCUGCUGCUAAUGGGGGACAUGUUGAAAUUGUGAAGCUGCUACUAGCACACGAUGCUGAUGUGAACUCCCAGUCAUCCACAGGAAACACAGCACUUACGUAUGCUUGUGCUGGGGGUUAUGUAGAUGUUGUAAAGGUGCUGCUGGAAUCAGGUGCUAGUAUUGAGGACCACAAUGAGAAUGGUCACACGCCUCUUAUGGAGGCAGGGAGUGCUGGACAUGUGGAAGUGGCCAGGGUCCUUCUGGAGAAUGGAGCAGGAAUCAAUACUCAUUCCAAUGAAUUUAAAGAGAGUGCACUUACUUUGGCCUGCUAUAAAGGGCAUUUAGAAAUGGUAAGAUUCUUGUUGGAGGCAGGGGCGGACCAGGAACACAAAACAGAUGAGAUGCACACUGCCUUAAUGGAGGCUUGUAUGGAUGGCCAUGUGGAGGUUGCACGACUGCUUCUUGAUAGCGGAGCCCAAGUGAAUAUGCCUGCUGACUCAUUUGAGUCCCCACUGACUCUUGCGGCUUGUGGUGGGCAUGUAGAGCUGGCAGCUUUACUUAUUGAGAGAGGUGCUAACCUGGAGGAGGUAAAUGAUGAAGGCUACACACCUCUCAUGGAAGCAGCACGAGAGGGGCAUGAAGAAAUGGUUGCAUUAUUGCUUGGACAAGGAGCAAACAUCAAUGCUCAGACAGAGGAGACCCAAGAGACUGCACUCACGCUGGCCUGUUGUGGAGGUUUUCUGGAGGUAGCGGAUUUCCUUAUUAAAGCUGGAGCAGAUAUAGAAUUAGGGUGCUCCACUCCCUUGAUGGAAGCUGCACAAGAGGGUCACUUGGAGUUGGUCAAAUAUCUGCUUGCAGCUGGAGCUAAUGUGCAUGCAACAACUGCAACAGGUGAUACAGCUCUAACGUAUGCAUGUGAAAAUGGGCAUACUGAUGUGGCAGAUGUGCUGCUUCAAGCUGGUGCAGACUUGGAACAUGAGUCUGAAGGAGGGAGGACCCCUUUAAUGAAAGCUGCAAGAGCUGGUCAUGUCUGUACUGUUCAGUUCCUCAUUAGUAAAGGUGCAAAUGUAAAUCGCACAACACUGAACAAUGACCACACCGUGCUUUCUCUUGCUUGUGCCGGAGGACAUCUGGCCGUGGUAGAGUUGCUUUUGGCUCAUGGAGCUGAUCCUACGCACAGGUUAAAGGAUGGUUCCACAAUGCUAAUUGAGGCUGCUAAAGGAGGUCACACUAGUGUGGUUUGCUACCUUUUGGAUUACCCCAAUAACCUCCUCUCUGCUCCCCCGCCUGAUGUUACACAGUUCACCCCUCCAUCCCAUGACCUGAAUCGGGCUCCUCGGGUACCAAUGCAGGCACUGCCAAUGGUCGUCCCACCCCAGGAACCAGAUAAACCCCCUGCAAAUGUUGCUACGAACCUUCCCAUCAGAACUAAAGCUGCAUCUAAGCAGAAGUCCAGUGGCCAUGUGCCAGACAGCAGCCAGGACGCACAAGGAUACAUCAGCAGUCAGUCUCCAGAAAGUAUUGUAGAAGAAGCUCAGGGGAAACUUACCGAGCUGGAGCAAAGGAUCAAAGAAGCCAUUGAAAAGAAUGCACAGUUACAGUCCUUGGAGCUGGCCCAUGCAGACCAGUUGACAAAGGAGAAGAUAGAGGAGUUGAACAAAACACGUGAAGAGCAGAUUCAGAAGAAGCAAAAGAUACUGGAAGAGCUGCAAAAAGUUGAGCGAGAGCUGCAGCUAAAGACCCAACAGCAGCUUAAAAAGCAGUAUCUAGAAGUAAAAGCUCAGAGAAUUCAACUUCAACAGCAGCAGCAACAGCAAACCUGCCAACAUCUCGGACUGCUAACUCCAGUAGGGGUUGGAGAAGAGAUCACUGAGGUAGACUAUGCCCACUUACAGCAGGUUGACACUAUCCUGCUCAAAGAGGACUCUCAGCAGACUGCAGUACAGAUGGGCUUUACUCCCAUGCAGCCUCUGGCAAUGCCUCAAUCUUUGCCUCUGGCAGCGGGUACUCUAUCCCCUGGGCCCAUUGCUAAUCUUGCAGACCUUCAAGGAGUUAUUGUGGGACAGCAAGAAUUGAGCCAAGCACAGAUAACAGGUCUUGGGCAAGGUGUCCUGGCAGAAACGCAAGAAGGUUUAAUGAUAGCCAGUCCUGCUCAGACACUCACUGACACGCUGGAUGACAUCAUGGCAGCAGUGAGUGGAAGAACAUCUGCGAUAUCAAACACUCCUACCCACAGUAUUGCUACUUCCAUUUCCCAACCUCAGACGCCAAGUCCAAGCCCUAUCAUAUCUCCUUCAGCCAUGCUGCCUAUCUACCCUUCCAUAGAUAUCGAUGCACAGACUGAAAGUAAUCAUGACACGGCUCUCACACUUGCCUGUGCUGGUGGACAUGAGGAGCUCGUACAAACUCUCUUGGAAAGAGGCGCCAACAUUGAGCACAGAGAUAAAAAAGGUUUUACACCACUUAUCUUGGCUGCAACUGCUGGUCAUGUUGGUGUGGUGGAAAUCUUGCUGGACAAUGGUGCUGACAUUGAAGCUCAGUCUGAGAGGACCAAAGACACACCAUUAUCAUUAGCUUGCUCCGGUGGCCGACAAGAGGUUGUUGAGUUGCUGUUGGCUCGUGGUGCAAACAAAGAGCAUAGAAAUGUUUCUGACUAUACUCCUCUAAGUUUGGCUGCUUCUGGUGGUUAUGUCAAUAUCAUCAAAAUCUUGCUUAAUGCAGGGGCUGAAAUAAACUCAAGAACUGGUAGCAAGUUGGGUAUAUCUCCUCUGAUGUUAGCUGCAAUGAAUGGUCACACUGCUGCUGUUAAGUUGCUUUUGGACAUGGGCUCUGACAUCAAUGCACAGAUUGAAACUAAUAGAAACACUGCUCUUACGCUGGCCUGCUUCCAAGGAAGAACUGAAGUGGUUAGUUUGCUUCUUGACAGGAAGGCUAAUGUGGAACACAGAGCAAAGACUGGUUUAACUCCCUUAAUGGAAGCUGCGUCUGGUGGAUAUGCAGAAGUGGGACGGGUGCUGCUAGACAAAGGUGCAGAUGUUAAUGCUCCCCCAGUGCCAUCUUCAAGGGAUACAGCUCUGACUAUUGCUGCAGACAAGGGCCACUACAAGUUCUGUGAGCUGCUUAUUAGCAGGGGAGCUCAUAUUGAUGUGCGCAACAAGAAGGGGAACACUCCACUUUGGCUGGCAGCAAAUGGAGGUCAUUUGGAUGUUGUUCAACUGCUUGUGCAAGCUGGAGCAGAUGUAGAUGCAGCAGACAAUAGGAAAAUAACUCCUCUUAUGGCAGCCUUUAGAAAGGGUCAUGUUAAAGUAGUGCGUUACCUUGUGAAAGAGGUAAACCAGUUCCCAUCAGACUCUGAGUGCAUGAGGUACAUUGCCACUAUUACAGAUAAGGAGAUGUUGAAGAAGUGCCACCUUUGUAUGGAGUCAAUUGUGCAAGCCAAAGAUAGACAGGCUGCUGAAGCUAACAAAAAUGCUAGUAUCCUAUUGGAGGAACUGGAUCUAGAAAAGCUGAGAGAGGAAAGCAGAAGACUGGCUUUGGCUGCAAAGCGAGAAAAAAGGAAGGAGAAGCGGAGAAAGAAGAAAGAGGAGCAGAGGCGGAAGCUGGAGGAAAUCGAAGCUAAAAAUAAAGAAAACUUUGAGAUCCAAGCUGCUCUAGAGAAAGAAAAGCAAAAAGUUGAAGAUGAGCCCUCCGUUUUAACAGAACCACCUAGUGCAACUACAACCACCACAAUUGGCAUAUCUGCUACAUGGACCACUCUAGCAGGCUCUCAUGGAAAAAGAAAUAAUACUAUUACCACAAGCAGCAUGAAGAGGAAAAGCAGAAAGAACAAAAUUGCGGAAAAUGUGCAGAUUAUCUUUGAUGACCAGCUCCCUAUUACGUAUGGGCAGCAGGAGAAGCUAAAUGGAGAGUCGAAAAGUAGCAGCACCAGUGAAAGUGGAGACAGCGACAACAUGAGAAUCUCAAGCUGUAGCGAUGAGAGCAGCAACAGCAGCAAUAAGAGUGACAAUCAUUCUUCUACCAAUGAUGGCAGUCUACAUGGCAAAAAGAAGCCUUCUGUUCUAGUGUCCUCUCCAAAGGUGGAAAGAAAAGUGUCUUCUAAAACUUCAGUAAAGCUAUCAGAAUCCAUUGUCGAAGCAACAUGCAAUUCAUUGUCCACAAGCAGUAAGACAGGGCCUUCUCCACUCUCGUCUCCAAAUGGAAAAUUGACCAUAGCCAGCCCUAAGAGAGGGCAGAAGAGGGAGGAAGGGUGGAAAGAAGUGGUCAGAAGGUCAAAGAAAGUGUCUGUGCCAUCUACAGUCAUUUCACGGGUUAUUGGCAGAGGUGGAUGUAACAUCAAUGCUAUCAGAGAGUUCACAGGAGCACAUAUUGACAUAGACAAACAGAAGGACAAAACUGGUGAUAGAAUAAUUACCAUCAGGGGAGGAACAGAAUCCACCCGGCAAGCAACACAUCUCAUUAAUGCACUUAUUAAGGAUCCUGAUAAAGAAAUUGAUGAACUCAUCCCAAAGAAUCGCUUAAAAAGCUCUUUUGCAAAUUCAAAAGCCGUAUCUUCAACUUCUGCCACCAUAUCCUCUAUUAACAGUUCAGUUAUGGGUAUAAAAGUUUCAGCUGUCACAGUUUCUUCGUCAUCACAAGCUGCCUCCGCCCUCACUGUGCCAGCCAUUACAUCAGCAUCUGCUCACAAGGCUCUAAGAAAUCCGGUGAAUAAUGUGCGACCAGGAUUUCCAGUAUCACUACCUUUGGCUUACCCUCCUCCACAGUUUGCUCAUGCUUUACUUGCAGCUCAGACUUUUCAGCAGAUCCGUCCUCCACGGUUACCAAUGACGCACUUUGGAGGGCCAUUUCCCCCAGCUCAAUCUACCUGGGGCCCCUUUCCUGUCAGGCCACUAAGCCCUGCACGCGCUACCAACUCUCCUAAAUCUCACGUGAUGCCUCGCCAUACGAACCAUAAUAUCGGUAGUCCUCAGGUGAUCCCAGGAGUCCCUUUGUCUACUAGCCCGACAGCUACCACAAACUCUACGGCCUCAGUGCCUGUUUCCUCUACAAAUGGGGGCCUUGGCUCACCUUCAGUCAGGAGACAACUUUUUGUCACAGUGGUCAAAACCUCUAAUGCUACUACAACCACAGUCACCACCACUGCAAAUAACCACGUCACCACACCAACAGCCUCCACCUGCCCUGUUCCCACUGCCAAAGAACAUCAUACUAUGUCAUCGCCUUCAUCACCGUCCCCACCAUCCUUGCCUGGAGGGGGAUCUAGAAGCAGUCCCUCUGAUUGCCUGACCUGUUCUCCAAACAAAGGGACCUCAAGCUCCACAGAGCAGGAUUUGGGCAUCCAACCUGUCAUGGAGAUAACUAGCUCAGGCAGCAGUAAGCAAGUGAGCUCUACCUCUGGGAGUACAUCAAUGCACUCUGCGCACCAACACACCCCAGCAUCUGUUUCUCAAGAUUCCCGACCUUCAUUAAUGCAGACCCAAGUUCCACUUCCUUCAGACCCAAGGAUGGCACCUUCCCUUAAUUUACCUAUCAAUGGUCCCACUCACCAGCCAGUUUCCAUUACUUCUAACAUCCCAGUAUCCUAUGCCUUAUCUCAGUCCUCUAUAGUGUCCACUCAGUCUGCUGCUAAAAUUGAAUCAACUGCAGUUAGACCUCACUUACAUGGAGCAAACCCUGCUCACAAGAACCAAGUCCCAGUGCAGAAUUCCCCAGUAUCAGGCCUGGUCCCUCACUCAAAUAUUAAACGACCCCAAAGUGUAACUUCAGGUCCACACCCUUCCAAUUUAAGUACACAAAGUGCUGCUCAGAAUUCCGGUCAUCCUUCAAACAAACCCUUACCCCCCAAUUUUAGUUCUGCUUUACCUUUUGGCCCUUUUAGCACACUAUUUGAAAAUGGUCCUAACCCUAAUCAUCCCUUCUGGGGUGGCUCUAUGGUCUCAUCUCAGUCUGCUCCAGAUCCUAUGCUGUCCACGCAGUCUUCAUAUUUGCCAAAUCCAGAGUCUAUGCUUCCAUCUGAUACUUCCAAAGCCCCAGGUUUCAGGCCACCGAUGCAGAGGCCAGCUCUAAGCCAGUCAGGUAUUGUGAACAUGGAUUCAUCUUACACAUCUGUGGCAUCAUCCACUAAUCAUUUGGGUACCUUUUCCUCUAAUAUCUCUGGAGGUCAGAUGUAUGCACCUGGAGGUGCACCUGCAGCUGCUAAUUUCAACAGACAACAUUUUUCUCCUCUUAGUUUACUGACCCCGUGUUCAUCAGCAUCUAGUGAUUCUUCAGCACAGUCUGUGUCUGCUGGUGGUCGAGUACAGUCCCCUUCACCUUCAGGAGUUCCUAUGGUGUCUGAGAAACCCAACUCUGUGCCUCAUGACAGGAAAGUCCCUGUGCCAAUUGGAACAGAGCGAUCUGCACGGAUAAGGCAGACUGGGACGUCCACACCAUCUGUCAUUGGCAGUAAUUUAGCAACUUCAGUGGGGCACAGUGGAAUCUGGUCUUUUGAAGGAAUGGGAGGCAGUCAAGAUAAAGUAUCAGACUGGUGCCACGCAGGCAUGGGAAAUCACAUGAUGCACAGACCUAUGUCUGAUCCUGGGGUGUUCUCACAACAUCAAGGAAUGGAGAGAGACACAUCUGGCAUUGUACCUGCUUCAGGAGCAUUCCAUCAACAUGUGCCUGCCGGCUAUAUGGACUUUCCAAAAGUUGGGGGCAUUCCGUUCUCAAUGUAUGGAAAUGCAAUGAUUCCUCCUGUAGCGCCAAUGCCAGAUGGUACUGGUGGACCAAUUUACAAUGGACCUCAUGCUGCUGAUCCAUCUUGGAAUUCACUCAUCAAGAUGGUUUCAAACUCCACAGAAAAUGGGCCACAAACAGUAUGGACUGGAACCUGGAACCCCCACAUGAACAGUGUACACAUGAACCAGAUGGGUUGAUUUGGAUUAUCUCUCUAGCAUGGAAAGUCUUUCCGCGAAUAGGGAAUAUAAAAACACAAUACCACAAUAGAUUAAACUAACUGACCUUUUUCUGUGACCGUUGUGAUCGCCCAGUUCCCAUCACCAUAAAUCUCACUAUAGUUAUCCUUCUCCCACCUAUUUUAUUUUGUUCCUUUUUCUCUUUUGCUUUUUCUUUUGUUCCCCCUCCAAACCCUUUCUUUUCUUUAUGGACAUGAACUUUUUUUUUGUUUUUUUCUUGAAGCUGGUUGGUUUUAGUACUGUAAGCUGCUUCUGAGCAAACACAGAAAAAAAUUAGCAAAAUUAUGUAACUGAUUCUGAAGUUUUAGAAUGGCAAAUAAAUGUACAAUUGUUUACAUAACCGAAAUGGCUAAGCAGAGAAUUCAAAAAGUCAGCAUAGAAGCUCUACAUUAUGUAGACUUAAAUUAAUGUGAGAUGUACCUUCAUAUUCAGAAAUCUGGAUGUUUCCUUCAUACAUUAAACUAUUAAUAAGCAUAA